GCUAUGCUGUUGUGUUAGUGCGGGCAGCUUGUAGUAUGGCGGCUGACACCCGUAGAGUUCAGCUGGCGGCAGUUUAUUGGGGGGGUGUAAACUGAGGGGCACAGUCAGCCCCAUUGUGUUUAUAUGCCCUCUUCUUCAGAAUAAGAGGUUAGGGUUCUAUGGCGGUGUCUCCUGUCGUAAUGGGUCCUUGUUGCCAUAGCAACCCAUCGGCACCCCAGGGAUUAUGGCAUAGUCAGACCAGUAGACUUACAGAGUCUACUGAGAGCGCUCCCUGUUUCUUUAACCCUUAAAGCGCUCAGUCCAUUUUGACCUUUGCCUGUGGUCUGCCAUUAUUGGAGAGACUUUCCCGGCUAUGAAGCGAGCGCAGAUCAUGAUCGCGCCAUAAAUGUAACCGUCUGCAGCGCCAAACAUAUACGGGCACAUGCUGCCUAGGAUCUGAGAGGUUGAAAGUUUAGGCGAUCUGUUUAACAAAAGUUAUACACAGUAUUUAUCAAGCGCCUGACGCUGGACCCCCACCCGUUCCGAAAAAUGAAUCCUGAGUUUUUGGAAAAACUUUUCGCUGCAGACGCCAACUCGAACGUCGUUUGUCAGGUCACCAAAUCAUUAAGUAUCAGUUUCGUCAACUUCCAGACCAGCACGAUGGGCGAAAUAUUUAGCAAGUUCCCCGAAGUUCUACAGAUUCUUCACUUCCAAGCAUCUGAUCAGAGGACUCUGUACACUUUCUUAGUAGACGGGCCACGUAUCGGCUCCGAGUAUGAUGCGACGAGGAUGGUCCACAUUGCGGUACCUUCCAACGACACUCCAAAGGGACUUGCGCGUAUGUUGCGCAGUAUGAAAGACAUGAACCCCUGUUGGCGUUCCAUUCGAGUAAUUUUGGUGGAACCUUAUUUUACAGAACUUGGUAUCAUCCAUGAGGCAUUUCCGUCCGCCGAAGUGGUGCUCUCCGCCUAUCAUGUCUACGCACUCAUGCAGAGGCAUAUCCAAGUGUUCCAAUUAGAAUACAAGGUGGAGAUCAACCUUCUCGAUGCUCUAAACAAUACAAUGUGUUCGGUCACAGAACAAAACCUAAAGAACCUACAUAGCAUACUGCAACGGGUUGUGGAUCCCGGCGCCUUAUCGGAGAUGAAUCCAGACUGGCUCCUGACCGACAAGAUCUGGGCCCUGCACCGCUGGAGAACGGGUGGGGAUUGCUCUUGGUACUUUAAAAUGGUGGAAUCCUUGAGCAGUGAGUUAAACGCGGUCCUCAAAAUAUCCCCUUUCUUGACCGAAACUAUGAAUACUUUAGUUUCAUUUAUCUUAGAUCAUAUCGUAGGGAAAAGCCAACCAGAACCUCGAUCCUGUAGUCCCGAAGAGCUAGCUUUAAUAGAGUGCAAAGGAGGGGCAUCUAAAAGAGCAGCUACGGAAGCCCAGAUGGAGCCGGAAGCCGCAGCUUUGAUGUGCGAAUCGCUGCACAACAUCUGUAACGCCGCAGCUUUCGGACUCUGCCAGAACGAACUAGAAGUUACCCAGAAAUCCGUCGAUCUUGUCGGGGCCAAAGGAGACAACAUGUGCGUUCAGAUCCUCGAGAACCCAAAUAAAGUUAGUAGUGGAAUUCGAAAGACCUGCACCUGCAGCUUUUACCGAUCCACAGAGCUUCCCUGCCGCCACAUCAUGUCUAUACUCAAUGCCAGAGAGGAGACCCUACAGCCGGAUAUGCUCCAUCCUCUCUGGCAGAAGCAGAACGAUGUAGACGAAUCCGCGCUCCCUGUAACGCCAGACACCCUGGAAAUCCUUAAGGGCGAAGGGAGCGGCGUGUCAGAGAAACAUCUACUCGUCAAUUCCCUGACGGGCCAGAUGUCGGCGCUAUUAGCAGAGUGCAGCGAUGAGGUAUUCGAGCGCCGCUAUAGUACUCUGAGAGGACUGGCAGAUUCAUGGAUCGGGCCUUAUGACCAAGUCAAGCUUUAGAAUGGGACCUGGUUAAAAAAAUACAAUCCGGAUAUGUUACGUGUCAUGGCGCAAAAAGCUGCUGAACUACCCGAACACUUUAUGUAACAAUUUUUAUGCAUUAGGACAAAGGAUAUCAAGGAGUGAAGAACAUGUGGCCUUAGGGUGCAUUAACUUCUUACAAUGUUUACCGAAAUUGAUGAUCGCUUAGUUAUGUCUGUAUAUAAAGGGGCAGAUCGACCUGAUAAAAAAAAUACUUUCUCUGACCCUAAAGCCAUGUUCACACCACAGAAUUCUGCCAAAUUUUCCUGCAUAGUCAGAUUCAAGCUGGGUUCACACCACGUUUUUGCAAUACAGUAAACCUCAACAUACGAUGGUAAUCCGUUCCAAAUGAACCAUCGUUUGUUGAAACCAUCGUAUGUUGAGGGAUUUGUGCAAUGUAAAGUAUAGGAAGUUAUACUCGCCCCGGACCCGUCACCGCUGCCCUGGAUGUCGCCUUCCAUCGCUGUCGCCACGUCCCGGGGUGUCCCCUAAGCUCUGGACGUCUCUGCUUCCCCGGGAUCCUCACUCUCCGUCGCUGCCAUCAUGUCACUACGCACGCUGCUCCUAUUGGAUGACGGGACGGUGUGUGCGGCGACGUGAUGACGACGAAGAAGAGCGCCGGCGAUGGAGGGGAUCCCGAAGAGGAUGCUCCGGAGCCCCGAGGACAGGUAGGAGACCAUCACCGGACCACACGGGACACCAUAAACGGCUAUCCGGUGGCAGCUGAAGCAGUCUGCGCUGUCGGAUAGCCGUUUAUGCGA